AAAUUUUCAAAAAUGCAUUUCUUUUUAAAGACAAUCAUUUUAUUUUAAGUUUAUAUAAAUAAUUCCAAUAUAAAAAAACUUGUUAGCUCAAAUGAUUAGAAGAGACAAAGAAAUAAAAAAGACCCAAUAUAAAUAUACAAGAGCAUUUGUAUAACGGGGCUCGAACCCAUCCUCAACGAGCCCCAUCACAUUGCUGAGUCAAGGAACUCGAUAGAGGGCUCAUUCUGGCGAGCUGGGCGAGAGAGUUUAUAUAUAACACUUGCCUUUUAAUUUUUCUUUUUUAAAUUUCACCGUUGCAUUUUUUUUUAAUUUAAGAAGACAAGCACAUACAAAAUCAAAUUAAUGUACUAGUUUUUUCUAUAGUGCAUUUGCACAUUAUAGAGUAGCCUACAUUUUUCAAUGUAAAAUUUAAUAAAUAAUUAAAUUAAUGUAGCUUCUCUUUGUAUAGUGCAUUGCAUUAUAGAGUAGUCUACACUCUUCGAUGUGAGACUCAAAGUAUAUUUUUUCAAAUAGAAUAUCAAUUUUGAUUAUAAUAAACUAUGCUUCGACGUGGGUCUAUAAUUUUAAAAUUGCAAAAAGUUAAAUUCGAUAUAUAAAUACAAACAAAUGUCUAUUAUUGUAAUUUUUAAAUUGUAAAAGGUUAAAUUUUGACUUGAAUACAUACAAACAAAAUCAAAUGCAAUAAAAAAAUAUAUAUUUCAAGUGCUUUAUAAUGCAUAUAAUUUUUUAAAAAAUGUCUAUUAUUGUACUUUUUAAAUUUUAAUUUAAUAAAAUUUUCGAUGAUUAGAUUAUUUAAAAUUUAAUUUUAAAAAGUAUGAUGAAAAUUCUAUGGAACCCUUCUAUAGAGCUUCGGUUAUAGAGUCGUUAAUGCUCUAAUCUCAACUAAUGCUCUAUAUUAUUAUUAUUAUUAUUAUUAUUAUUAUUAUUAUUAUUAUUAUUUUAUAUGUAAAUAUCCUACAUCACUCAAUUCUUCUUCUUCUCUCUCCAUCUUCUCACUCGCCGGUUCUCUCUCUCAAAGAAAAAUCGGGAUAUCUCUCUGCCUCUUUCUUUCUUGCUCUCGCCGCCUCCCCUCCCUUCCUACGAACCGGCGUCUCUUCGCCUUCGACCGCCACCACACUCAUCUCUCUAUCCAAUUUCUCACUCAACCCCCCACCGCUUGCUCUCCCUCAUUUAUCUCGGAGACAGAUUUCAUUUCUCUUCAAAAAAUCAUAAGAAGCCCAACCACCCAAACAGAUACGACCAUUCAGCUGCAGAGACAAACUUCCGCCAUUAAAAUCCGAUCAAUGAACACUUUGCACACAACCACACUCUCAAACCUUAUCUCCCAAAAAUCACCAAUUCGCCGUCGCGCUCCUCUCCGCUCCCACAGACUCCAACCAUUUCUACCAAAUACUAAUUCAGCUGAACAUCCAAAAUUAUCAAUAAAACCUACGAGAAUCGCGGCAGCGUCAAUGGCUCCCACGCCGUCAACUGCCUUGGACGAUAGCGCGCCGGCGAGCAAACCGUUCUCUGUUCUGUUCGUCUGCCUCGGCAACAUCUGCCGGAGCCCGGCGGCUGAAGGCGUUUUCCGGCACCUCGUUAAGGAAAGGGGCCUCGAUUCCAAAUUCUACAUUGAUUCCGCCGGCACUAUCAACUACCACGAGGGUGAUCAAGCAGACCCAAGAAUGAGGGCAUCUUCAAAAAAGCGUGGAAUUGAGAUAACUUCAAUCUCGAGGCCGAUAAAGCCAUCAGAUUUUAGGGAUUUUGAUCUUAUUCUUGCAAUGGAUAAUCAAAACAGAGAGGACAUACUAGGUGCAUUCGAGAGGUGGAGGCACAGAGAGCCGCUACCCGGAAACGCCCAUGAAAAGGUUCGCUUGAUGUGUUCUUUCUGCAAGAGGCAUGAUGAAACCGAAGUUCCAGAUCCCUACUAUGGCGGGCCACAAGGUUUCGAGAAGGUAAUACAACACAUAAUAUGCAUUGAUGAGAUAGGCAUGUCGAGGCUUAACUUUCCACUGCAUUUAUCACAGGUUCUGGAUUUACUCCAAGACGCAUGCGAAGCUCUAUUGGAAAACAUUGUCGCUGAGAAGCUCUAAACUGUCACUUUCCUGAUUCACUCUUUGAGUUUUGUUUCUUAAAUGAAAACACAGCUUAUAUACUUCUUUUCUUUGAUAAGCAAAUGUGAAAUGUGAUGCUCUUCCUAAAUGCAAA